CUGCAAUCUUCCUAUCAAUCGCUGUGAUCAAUUACAGAGGUGAAGAGAAAUGGAGUCUAUGAAGGAGACGGCGGUGAACAUCGCGGCGUCGGCCAAGUCCGGCAUGGAGAAGACCAAAGCCGUUGUUAAAGAAAAGGUGGAGAAGAUGACGGCGCAUGAUCCACUGGAGAAAGAGAUAGCGGAGGAGAAGAAGGUGGAGAGGAUCCGGCAGGCGGAGCUCAACAAGCGGGAGGUUUACGAACACAACCCAGCCGCCGGGGAGACCCACAGCUACUCCACCACCGGGGCCAAAGGUCAUCCGACCGGAGCGCAGCAGAUGUCGGCUUUGCCGCGACACGGAACCGGAGAGCCGGCAGGGAGGGUGGUGCCAUCGCACCCAAUUGGAGCCAGCACCGGCACCGGCACCGGCCGGACCUCCGCCGCCCACAACAGCCGUGUCGGCGCCGACACCAAUAAGGGAUAUGGAACUGGCGGCGCCUACAAUUGAACGGAAAGAACUUUCAGUUUCUAAAAUACUUGAGUUUUUAAUUUUAGUUUUUAGGGUUUUUUUUUUUUUUUUUUUUGUAUUUUUUCAGUUUUCAAGCAAAAUUUUUCGGUUUUUAGUUCCUUUGUAUUUUUUACUUGUAGUUUUUAGUUUGGGAUCAACGAAGAUAUUAUAAAAAAAUAAAAUUAUUUUUUAAAUAACACAAAUACAUCAAAAAAUGGUAUCGAGAAAGGGGUUGCGUCUG